AUGAAGCUGAAAAGUUCAACUGCUGUUAUAAAAUUAGUUUCUCGGAGGUGUACAAGGAGGCUAGGGACAAGAAUGUGGAGAAGAGGAGCUAAUCUAGAAGGAGAUACUGCUAAUUUUAUAGAAACUGAGCAGCUGCUAGAGUGUGAAGGCCAUAUUUUCUCUUUUCUGCAGGUCCGGGGUUCAAUUCCACUUCUGUGGGAGCAAAUUGUGGAUUUGAGCUACAAACCACGGCUCAAUAUAAUCAACCACGAACAGACUUCAAUGGUUGUGGAACGCCAUUUUAAUGAUCUUCUAAAAAGAUAUGGAAGAUGCAUUGUGGUUGACCUGACUGAUAAGCACGGAGAUGAAGGUUUGUUGAGUUCGGCCUAUGCAGAAGAGAUGCAGAAGCUUCCGCAUGUCAGGUAUGUGCCGUUUGACUUCCACCAGUUAUGCAGCAAUGGAAACUUCGACAACAUACACCUUCUCUAUGACCAAAUAGCGGAGGACUUCGAGAAGCAAGGAUACUUCCUUUUAGAUUCUCAAGGGAAGAUUGUAAUGGAACAGGGAGGAGUAAUUAGAUCUAACUGCAUCGAUUGUCUCGACAGAACAAAUGUUACUCAGAGUUACCUCGCUCAGAAAUCCCUAAAUUCUCAGCUCCAGAGAAUUGGCGCAAUCUCUCAAACCGAAUGUAUUUCAAUGUUUAUUGAAGAUUUUGAAACUUUUAAGACGUUAUGGGUGGAGCAUGGGGAUGAGAUAAGCCUCGAGUAUUCUGGGACCCACGCACUGAAGCGGGACCUUGUGAGAUUUGGGAAACAGACAAUGUCUGGUAUUAUCAAAGAUGGUAUGAGUGCCCUUUCAAGGUACUACCUGAAUAAUUUUCAUGACGGAGUUCGACAGGAUGCCAUUGAUCUUAUCAGUGGACGUUAUAUUGUGAACAGAAACGGUCCAUCUCCUUCACAACCUAAAGUUUACGAAUCCAUCUCUUAUCUCCCUGUGGCAUCAGCUUUAGUAAUUGGAGGGUUAACAUUGACAUCAAUCACGGUAAACCAAGCUGGAAGAAAUGCGCAGCACGUUCUAUCUUCUAUGGUCUGUGCUGGUGUAGCUGCCGGCUUGAUGGCAAUAAUCAAAGCCAAUGGACGACAAAUUUGUUCAAAGCCUCGUUUGUGUGGUUUGUUCUAA